AAAUAAUAUUUAGACGUGCUAAACAAUCCGCUGUUUAUCAGUAAAAGUAAUUUGCAUAAAACUACGUAUCUGGAUAUGUCCAACACAUACGACAAUUAAUAUUUUUUAAAUUACCUAAACUUUUAAUUAGUGUAAUUAAAUAAUAACAUAAGUAUAUGGUUGAUUGAAUAAAUACUUUUUAACCUUUUUGUUUUGAGACAACAAUUUGAACAAUCCUCGUAUUAAUUUAAUAACGUGAACGAACGUUUCAUGUUUUUCUUCCAAAAAGACAAAUUAGUAAAACGAGUUUAUAUUUAAAGUGUUUAACAGUGAAGUAAAAGUUGUGGUUCGAGUUUUUGAUACGAAAUUCUUUUAUCGGAUAUAAAUAGUGGAAUCAGAGUUAAGUUUGUAGUUGAAACGAGAAAAUGAGUCCGAAUUCCACGAGCUCUCGAGUUAAAAACCAUAAUAAAUAUGAGGAAACCAACGGGAAAACACAAUCCACGUUCAAACAAUUGGCAGAAAAGAAAUUCGUAACAAGAAAUUCCCUCAUAAUAGAUUUAUGUGACAACAUACCUCAUAUUGCAGCUAUUCAGAAUUUGUUUACAGCAACAAUUAUUUGUUUAUUUACUAGUAUAUUAGCCAACGAUUAUUUAGUCACCGGACAAAUAAGUUUUGGUUACCAUCUCAUAUUGAUUGCUUUUGGUAAAUUUCACUUGGCUAUCUUUUUCUGGACCAUUUUUUUCCUGACAACGUGCUUAGUACACACAAUUUUCAGGAUAUGGGCAGAAAUCAGAAUAAAGUUGAUUCCAAAUAAUAAAUCCGUCCAAAUGUGGGAUAGAGUUUGGUUGGUAAUAUUGGUAUCAUUUUAUAUUCUAGCUUAUCGAGUAUCAUCCAAAUUAACUGUGAUUUACGACAUGCCUAUAGCUUCUUCGUCUAUAAUACUAUUAGAACAGACGAGAUUAUUGAUGAAAAUACAUUCCUACAUUAGACACAAUGCGGAAAAAAUUAUAAAAUACAAACCGCACAGCGAUCAGAAUUUGGAAUAUCCUAAAUUUAAAAACUAUUUGUACUUUUUGUUUGCUCCAACGUUGAUAUACAGGGACGAGUAUCCAAGAACCACAAAAAUUCGAUGGGGCUUUGUUGGGAUUCGUUUGAUUGAAAUAUUCGGAGUAAUCGUUUACCAUUGUUUCAUCUUUCACCGAUUCUUACUGCCGCCAUACCGAGAGUUCGGAUUAAGAAAAUACUCUUGGGCCGAAGUUAUAAUUCCUAUUUUAGAAAAUUCCAUUUGCGGGCUUUUAGUGCUUAUGGCCGGAUGGUACCAAGUACUACAUUCCGUUCAGAAUUUAUUCGCCGAAUUACUCAGAUUCGGCGAUAGACAAUUUUACAUGGAUUGGUGGAAUUGCACCGGUAUAGCCGAUUAUUUCAGGGUGUGGAAUAUCGUCGUCCACGAUUGGUUAUAUACUUAUAUAUACAGAGAUAUAUAUAAUUUAAGUAGUGGUAAUAAAUUUAUGGCAAAAUUAAUGGUAUUUAUCACGUCUGCUGUAGUACACGAAUGGAUUAUAAGCUAUCAGGUGAAAUUUUUUUACCCGAUAGUAUUCUACUGCUAUAUGGCUGCGGUUUGCUUGAGUGUAUUCAAUGUGCCCAAGGUUCGAUGGAUCAACAUAUUAUUUUGGUACGGUAUGGCUUUUGGUUCUGGUUCAAUUCUGAGCUUGUAUGUUUUGGAACAUUACGCCAGAACAAACAAUCCCGAUACCGAAUAUUCCAUCAAGUAUUGGUUUUUACCGAGGUGGUAUCUUUGUGAUUGUAUAGUUUAGAUAUCGAAAUCGAAAUGGAAUAAUCUCGUAAGGAAAACCGACAUGGUUUCUGAUAUUUUUGAUCAAGGCGAGAAGCCACAAAAAACCAAAUAAUUUUUCUUUUUUCCCGAUGUUUUUUUCUUUCUUUCCAUAUGCCUCCCUUCAGUUUUAAUCUUUUCAUUAUCUACCGUCUAUCUACCGACUUUUUUUUGUGCAUCCCUAUUUUCAUCUAUUUUUUCAUUGCUUUCUCUUGUUCUUUAGGAACUUCAUUUCCACAUUUCUUUUCUCUCUUCAUAGCAAUUUCCUCAGUAUUUUGCUCCUUCUUCCUUCCUCCUUCUCUUCUAUUCUUUUCUCGUUAAAUAUUUCUUGUUAUUACUUCCUUAUCCUUUUCUUUCUCUUAUUCCCCAAAUAUAAUUCCUCUUGUACAUUUUUUCCGUGUUCUCAUCUCGUUCUGUUUCUAUUUAUUUUUUUUUGUUUUUCGAUAUUUUGCCAUUUCUACUAUUUCCUAUCUCUUUUUUCUCUUCAAAUUUCCCUAUCAAUUUUACAUCUCUCUCUUCUCAUCAUCUCCUCAUCUCCAUUCACUUCUUUUUUCAUAUAUUUAGUGUUUCACGAUUUUUACACGUUUUUAUCCUUUUUAUCUGUCUUCUCUUCUUUAUCUUGUUCUUUAGGAACAUUAAUUUCACACUUCUUUUCUCUUUUCAUAGCUUUUUGUAAUUAACUUUCUGUUUAUGGCUCUUAUAUUUUAGCAAUAACUCUAUAGAAAUAUUUCUGUAGUAUUUUACUUCUUCCUCUUUCCUCCGUAUCUCUCGUCUUCUAUUCAUUACUAGUAAAAUUACGUUUUUAUCUUAUUUCUCUCUAUCUAUCUUAACUUUUGUUUUCCAGAAACUUUUUUAUCUUUUUCCAUUUUUUCUUUUCAUGUAUUGUUUUGUUCCACUUCUUUCUAUCUAUUUCUAAUAUGUUUUCUUUUUCUCAAUUCAACAUUCAUAUUUGUCUCUCUUAUUGUGCAGAUGUUUGAGACUAUCUAUGACAACUUCCUUAGUAUUUUGCAUCUUCAUCCUUCCUCUUCUCUUCUAUUCAUUUCUAGUAAGAUAUUCAUAUAUUUUUUUCUUACUUCUUCCUUAUCCUUCUCUUUCUCUUAUUUCCCCCAUAUAUCUGUCUUCUCUUCUUUUCCAUUCCAAUUUCUUUAUAAUUUUUCUAAUUCAGUAAUAAAUGUGAAAAACCAAAAAAAGUGCUGAACGUCUGAAAUUUUAUAUGACGAUUUCUGUAGUAUCUUGCGUAUCUCCUUUCCUCCUUAUCCCUCCUCUCCAAUUUACUUCUAGUUCCAUAUUUAUUUUCCUCUUAUAACUCCUUUAUUCUCCUUUCUCUCUCUUAUUCCUUAGAAACUCUUCUGUUCGUCUUCUUCCAUUCUUCCAUUGUAUUCUUUUUUCCUCCUUAUUCUAUUUCAAUCUCUUUUCACAUUUCGUUUACCUUCUUCAUGUCUUUUUGCGUUUUUAUCUCAUUCCCAUCCCUUUCAAAAGUGAUAAAAUAAUAUUUAUGAUUAAUUUAGCAAUAAACUAAAUCAGUUUUUACAAAAUACUGAAAUUGAUCAAAAAUAUACAGAAACAUGUGUAAAAAAAUCCAUUUAGCAGAAAUAAUAAUAUAUUGUUUUAUAUAGCAAUAAUCUAAAAAUAAAAUAAAACUUUUUUAUUUUUUAA